AGUGCGAUUUCAUUUAAUCGGCGUAGCGGUCGUGUAUCUCUAAAGUGUCUGUAGAGUGUUUUUCUUAAGCUGAUCAACAUGAACCUGUUGGUUUUCUUCUCGCUUCUCGCGUGUCUCCAUGUGACUGUCACAAGUGCCGCCUCUAACUUGGUCUGCUAUUAUGACUCAGCCAGCUAUACACGUGAAGGUCUAGGCAAGUUCUUGAAUUCAGACUUGGAUGUCGCUCUACAGUUCUGUUCCCAUUUGGUGUACGGAUAUGUUGGCAUUCGGAACGACAACUAUCAGGCGCAGAGUUUGAAUGAAAAUCUGGACAUUUAUAAGCAUCAGUAUUCCGAAGUGACGGCCUUAAAAAGCAAGCAUCAACACUUGAAGGUGCUACUGAGUGUGGGCGGUGAUCAUGACAUCGAUGCGGAUCAUCCGGAUAAGUAUAUCGAGCUGCUCGAAGGGGGAAAACUUCGACAGGCUGGAUUUAUUCAGUCAGCCUACUCUCUGGUUAAGAACUAUGGCUUUGAUGGCCUUGAUCUAGCAUAUCAGUUCCUCGAAACAACCUAGAAGGUGCACAGCUUUCUGGGAUCGGCUUGGAAUAGUUUUAAGAAUCUUUUUACUGGCGAUUUCAUUGUGGACACCAACGCAGCCCUGCACAAGGAACAAUUUACGGCAUUUGUUCGUGAUGUAAAGGAUGCGUUACGUCCAGAUGGAUUAAUGCUGACCUUGACUGUGCUUCCAAAUGUCAACUCUACGUGGUACUUUGACAUUCCCGCUCUAAAUGGCCUCGUUGACUUUGUGAAUCUUGCCGCCUUUGAUUUUCUUACACCCGCCCGGAAUCCCGAGGAAGCUGACUAUACGGCGCCAUUGUACGAUUCGGCCACACAGAAUCGACUGCCCCAUUACAAUGCCGACUUCCAAGUGCAAUAUUGGUUGCAGGAAGGAUUUCCCUCGAAUAAGCUCAAUUUGGGAGUGGCCAGCUAUGGAAAUGCUUGGAAACUAACCGCCGAAUCCGGCAUAGAAGGCACACCCGUAGUGCCACACACCGAGGGUGCUGCUCCGGAAGGUCUGCAAUCCCAAAAGGCUGGACUGCUCAGCUAUCCAGAGAUCUGUGCCAAGCUGUUGAAUCCACAUAAUGAGUUUUUAAAGGGCAAUGACUCGCCAUUGAGACGUGUAAGCGAUCCAAUGAAACGUUAUGGAUCCUUCGCAUUCCGGGCUGUAGCCGAGUCUGUAACUGAGGGCAUCUGGAUCAGCUAUGAAGAUCUUGAAUCGGCAUCCAACAAGGCGGACUAUGUACGCGUCAAGAAUUUGGGUGGUGUGGCUCUAUUCGAUCUGGGAUACGAUGAUUUCCGUGGUUUAUGCACCGGUGACAAGUUUCCACUACUGCGCUCCAUAAAACAUCGAUUGUAAUUUCAGUUGAUUGAGUCAAAUGAACAAUAAAUGUAAUUCUGCUCUGUUUUAAUAUACUUAAUAAAA